AUGUCAGAAGGCGGUAUGUACAUCCUUAUCCCCUCUCUCAUUUCGAGUGCUGAACAUCGCAGACUUCAUUCACGAUGCUGUCAAGCUUAUCAAGAUACUACCCGGUCUUCCAAGCAAGAAGCCCACAGUCCAACAUGGCAAAACCCCCCACACCCAACCGUCUCAAACGCUCAAUCAGAGACACUGGCACAAGAAGCGGAUGUGAUCGUCUUCGGCUCCGGUAUCACGGGUAUCGGCGCUGCUCAUUACCUUCCGCACAGUGCCAGUCCUCUCAAAGUCACCAUGCUAGAGGCCCGUACAGCUGUGAGCGGAGCGACCGGUCGCAAUGGCGGACAUCUCGUCUCAGACAGCGAUGCUCUGUUCCCAGCUCUUGUUAAAGCUGUGGGAGCUGAGCGCGUGAUAGAGACGCGUGAAGCUGCUGAGUAUCGCGAGGUCGUGUCGGCCACUAUGUUCACGGACCAGGCCACUUUUAAAGACGCUGUGCAGAGCCUCAGAGACUUCUUGAAGGCUGUGCCCGAAGGUGAUAUCAGGUAUAAGGUCUUCAAUAAGGAAGAAGCUACCAGAAUGUUCAACUUUACGAAUACCGCUGGUGCUACAGCGAAGACGGGGGUGGCUGCACUUUGGCCCUACAGACUCCUCACAGCUCUUCUGGCAUCGCUGAGAAAGGACUUCCCAGACCAAGGAAACAGCUAUAUCGUCCACACGACUAGAGGCCCCAUUCGCACCAAAGAUGUCAUUCACUGUACCAACGGCUACUCGGCUCAUUCGAUAACCGGGCUCGUCGGCAGUCUGUAUCCUCUUCGAGGUACUAUGUCUACGCAGAAACUUGGCCCAGACUUCACACACGCAGGCGAUAAGAUGUCUUGGUCUCAGGAGUCUCAUGGUACAUACAACGGAAAGACUGGACUUGUUCAUCUUGGUCUUUACUACGCCCAACAGAACGCAAAAACAGGUGUGAUGUUCCUCGGGGGCAAGUCUCAGAAUCUGCGUACUCUGCUAAGCAGCGACGACUCGUCUGUAGGAGACGAUGCUCGUGCAACUCUGACCUCUGCGGCUCCCAAGAUCUGGAAAGAUGCAGCUCCUACUAAGCCAGUGGAUGUUUGGUCAGAAAUUAUCUAG